AAUUCUAAGCGAAAUUUUGAUGAAAACCUUAUCCUCUUUCACUGCUCUCAUCCAUGGCGUCCGUCCCUGCUUCGCAUAGUGAAUACAAAAUGUAAGAGACGAGUCGACUGUAUUUCAGUUUCAUAGACAAACCUUCAUGGCCGCCAUUGCCGGAUCUCUCAACCUUCCUCUUGCGCCUUCAAACCUUCCAUUACUCCGCAUUAAGAAAAAUUGUGAAUUCUCAAUCCAUAUAAAAAGCUACGAAAGAAAUUGUUUUCCAAAUUUUAGACCAACCAUUAACCAAAACCAAACUCGCACGAACCAUCCCACGAGUUUAAAUGCAACAUUGAGGCGUCCGAAGGGAUUCGGACCAGCUCCAAGGAAGAAGAAGAUGAAGAAAACAAAAGGAGAAGGAAGGGAGGAUGAUGACAAUGACGAAGAUGAAGAGGAAGACAACGAGGAAGAGGAAGACAACGAGGAAGAGGAAGGUGGUGUAAUACCAGAAGUAGUGACAAAUAGGAUGAUGAGUAGAAUGGGAUUUACGGUGGGGAUUCCAUUGUUUAUAGGGCUAUUGUUCUUCCCAUUCUUCUAUUACCUCAAAGUUGGGCUGAAGAUUGAUGUGCCCUCAUGGGUGCCAGUCAUAGUCUCAUUCUUCUUCUUUGGCUCAGCUCUUUUGGGAGUUAGCUAUGGGAUUGUGUCCUCUAGUUGGGAUCCUAUGAGGGAAGGCUCUUUAUUGGGUUGGAAUGAAGCUCAGAAAAAUUGGCCUGUUUUUUGGCAGUCCAUUUGGGGUGGAUCUAAUAAGAAAUAGAUGAAUUGGCUUUUAUCUUCUUUCUUUCUCUUUCUUUCUCUGGUUCUUUUCGUAUAAAUAUUAUGGUCUUUUCUAUAAGUGAUAUGAGAAGCUAAAACGAGGAUAGUUUGUAGUCCA